ACAUACACUUUCUGUGGAUAAUAGUCGUCACACAGUACUCUGCGAAACAACGAUUUUCACGUCUAACUGACUGAAUGCUGAUAGCAGACGACUCAUCCACUCGAGCAAGCACUGUGUCUUCAAAAUCGGGAGUCCGUGUUGUUUGUCGCCCACAGUUGUUGUACUGUGAUACCAAUUUCCCUGUUUCAUUUAAUUGUUGGAACAGUUUUGGAAACGUGGUAUGAGCUGCAUGUCUACUGCAUGGAUACUUAGCUUGUACAGACUUUCGUCUUUUCUGCUGCUUCCAUUUCUUGCUCAUACACUAACAUCGUGUCUGCAAGUUCCAUCGCCGGAUACAACGCCAUUUCGUUAGGAUUUACUGACGUUAGUACUGUAUUUCUACUUUUAAUUGCAGACUGCUGCAUAUAACUAUACAGACACUGUACACCAGGAUUGCACUUGUCAGUGCACACUACGCCGUCUACAUGUAAGUGCUCGUCCGGAUUGCCUACCCAACAGUCUUAGCAACGGUAUUAUCGUUUCGUGUUUUCCACUGGCAGAGGUAUCAGAACACUUUCGUUUAUAUGUUUCGCCUCGAUCGUUUCCUGACCAGUCUCUCUUCCCUGAAAGUUUGUAACAUCAUAAUGUAAUGAAGUCAUCACGGAAUCAUCCUAUAUUCUUUGUUUUUAGCUGUGGCAGCGCGGAUACUCGAAGAGUUUGUACUGCACAACUGAACUAUGGAGCAGACGAGUCACUGUCCCAAAAAUAUUUCAGUGUUCAAGGAUUCGAUGUUGCUUGCGCUCUGGUUACAUGACAUUUGGUCAUGGUCAAAUUGUUAACAAAUAGUCGAUCAAAUCAAAAGAGUAACGCCACAAUGUGUGAAAUAAUUCUUGUCGAAUCGAAGGAACACAAUAGCUGCCAUCCCUAUGUGUAAUCGAUGGACAUACGUUUUCAGCUACAUACUGUAUAUAGUAACUUCUUCGUCUAUGAACUUUGACAAAAUCAGCGGUAAAGCGUAUUUACAUCUGCUGUUGAUAAAUAGAACUUCACGUUGUAAUUGUUUUAAAUGGAAAAUUGCAUUUGACACUUAUAUUAUGCCUAAAGAACACGCAUUAAGAGCGUAUGAAUUUACUGAAAGUUGUCAUUAAAACGGCAUCGAUGUGUUCUUGGACUUUGAAAUAUUGAUAAGCCAUAAGUUUCGGUCAGAUCAUUAACAUGUGUAUUAUAACCAUGAAUUUUAUGAGUAAAUGUGGUAAAAGUAUUAAAUUUUUUGAAAGAAAUUCAGCACGCUUUCGCCUGUAUUGUACAAAGUCAUCUGAUAAAGAUGGACCACCAGUCCAAAAGUUCGAACAUCCAUUGAGUAGGACAUUAAGGAUAUUAAAAGCAGACUUAAAAACUAUAAAAAAUUAUAUUCCCUUUAUACAUAAACAGCACUACGAAAAUAAGUUCUUUAGUGAUCACUGUGAUAUUGUUGUCAUCGGCGGUGGCGUCAUUGGUUCCUCAAUAGCAUACUGGCUACAGACUAGGGUGCGGGAUGGUGUCAGAGUUAUUGUCAUUGAGAAAGAUCCUUCGUAUGCCAAGGCCUCUACACCACUUUCCUGUGGCGGUAUAAGGCAUCAGUUCGGCUUGCCUGAGAACAUUCAGAUGUCAAUGUUCGGUGCAGAAUUUCUUCGAAACAUAAAGAGAUAUCUUCAUGUAGAGGGAGAUAACCCACCUGAUGUGUGCUUUACACCUUACGGGUACCUUUCCUUAGCAACUGACAGAUCUGCCCAACAACUGGAGGAAAACGUACACCUGCAACAUCAGCUGGGUGUUAAAAAUGAAUUACUAUCACCAACAAUGCUGAAGAAAAAAUUUCCAUGGUUGGACACAACUGGAAUUGCACUGGGUUGCCACGGUCUCGAAAAUGAAGGGUGGUUUGACCCAUGGUCUUUACUAAUGGCAUUCAAGAAAAAAGCAAUUUCAGCAGGGGCAGAAUAUGUAACAGCAGAGGCUAUUGGAUUUGAAUUUAGAAAAAUGCCAGAUAUGUUGAUAGAAGGUGUUGAGCCUGGAACCUAUGAAACAAUAGACAGAGUUUUGGUAAAAACUGAAAAUGGUGAAGUUAGACCCAUUAAGUUUGGGAUUGCAGUGAUAGCUGCUGGUGCAAAUUCAAAAAAAGUUGCAGAAAUGGCAAGAAUAGGUAAAGGUUCUGGGUACCUUAGCGUUCCUUUGCCUAUUGAACCACGAAAGAGAUAUGUGUAUUGUGUUCACUGUCCAGAGGGUCCUGGACUAAAUACACCUUUUGUCAUUGAUCCUACUGGUACAUAUUUCAGGCGUGAGGGGUUUGGUGGAAAUUUCAUCUGUGGCAAAUCACCAACAGAAGAGGAAGGAGAACCAAGCAUAGAAGAUCUUGAGGUCGACUCUAGUUAUUUUGACAACAGUGUUUGGCCCCAUCUGGCAGCUAGAGUGCCAGCAUUUGAACAGUUAAAGGUGAAAAAUGCAUGGGCUGGGUAUUAUGACAUCAAUGUAGUAGAUGAAAAUGGAAUUGUUGGACCUCAUCCAUAUUACCACAAUCUUUAUUUAGCAGCUGGAUUUAGUGGCCAUGGUAUACAGCAAGCACCUGCUGUUGGACGUGCUGUUAUGGAAAUGAUGUUUGAAGGUGGAUUCAAGACAAUAGAUUUGAGUCGUUUUGGAUUUGAUAGGCUAAUGUAUAAUGAGUUGCUAAGGGAAGUGAACAUCGUAUGAUUGCAAAUCAUUCCAUUACAUGGUAAUGAGAUCUGAAUAUUAAAUAGUAGUGUAAUUAUAAAACACUGUAUUUUCUCUUCUGAAUAUAAAAACGAGUUUUUCAUUGUAAAAUACUGUAUCAUAAAAAUGAGCAAAUAUUCAAACACUUAAUAAAAGAGAGAAUUUAUUCAA